CUUUAAUGUAUUGUAAAAUAAUUAAUAAUAUAUAAAUGUUAAUAUCUUUAUACGGAUGAAAAAUUGUGAAAAUAUUACUGGCCAUCGUAAUAUUAGUUGAAUGUUAUAAGAAAGUUGAUCGAAAAAUAUACGAAAAGGUAUGUUAAAGGAAACCGCCUAUUGACCUUAGCAGUAUCAAAGGAUAUGCUACUAAAAAAAAAUCUUCUGUGUUAAAUUGCCCUAAAAAAAAAAAGUUAUUUUAUUUGUGCCAGUUUAAUUGGAUAAAAUGAUCGGUGAUAGUGUCACUGUCGCGAGUAUUUUCUCUGUUGAUUUGAAAGUCGAUAAAUCUAUGUGCACGAAUGGUGUAUUCCCGCCAUUGUCGUACGUAGUGAGUUCAUUGUCGACCGUAUGCCGACCACCCCUUUCCAACAAAGUAAUAGACUCGUCCAUCUUCUUCGACUUCGUCUUGAUUAUUUUAUCGAGCGUUAUCAAUGAAAAUUGUGAAUGAUAUUUCGUGUGAUGGUGUUGAAAAAUAUCAACUAUCUCGAUUGUUUAUCGAAAUAACAAAAUAAUAAGGCAAAACGGAGUAAGAAGAAUUUUUUUCUUAGUGUAUGGGCUCGGCCAUUUUCCUACAGAGGGGGAUACGGUGGGGUAAAGUGUGUUAGAAAAACACACGGCCACUUCUCUCAUUUCUAUCGUACGUUGUAACCAUUUCACGAACAAAAUUGAACGACAAAUUAAAGAUCAUUUUAAAUAUAAACGUACGAGAUUGUUAAAAUAACGAAAAGAUCGUUAAAAAGUGUAGAAAAGAUAUCUGAAAUAAAUUCCUUUGUCAGCCAUGUGCAAAUGGAGUAGCAUUUAAAAGAUCCUCGGCGAACGAAGCGCACCGACCAAUGAGCGCGGUCUCGGCUCGGUCACGUGACUUUGGCGAACCAAUAGGCGGGACGAGAUUUGAAAUCGUGCGUGGUCUUUGUUCACGAACCUACCGUCAACGUUACUUCAGUUCCGUAAAGGGGGCCUUGUGUCGGUGUCAUUUUAUACAUGGUCGCUGCCGAAAAUCUCAUUAUUUCCAAGUAAAAUAUAUGUGUGAAAGUGGUGUUAAGCUGAGUGAACGAGAUACUUCAUAGACCGUCGAUUAUACGGUAAGUUAGGAUUACGUUAAAUCUUCUCGUUGAAAGUAGAAGACAAAAAAGAAAAUAAUUUUCUGUGGCCGGCCCGCCACUACUACUCGUCGUCUCGCCGCCACCACCGUCGUCGUCCUCCACCGUUGCCGUUCAUCGAUGUUUUAGUUAUUGUAUUUGUCGUGUUUCGUCGUCGUCGUCCUGUCUUUUUCUUAUCAAGUGUUGUUGUUGUUGUUGUUGUUGUUGUGUGGAAAAGAAAAUUUUUUUUCAUUAGUGUUGCGAAAAGUGAACGAUAUUAUUGCAGGGAUAAAAAAAAAAGUUAGAUGAAUGUUGGAAACAAUGAGUAGAUCCGCUCUUGGGCCAGAUCAGGUUCCAUCAAGCCCUUGGCUCUCAAUGGAUUAUUUCGGUGCCGACAGUCUUUCCCUUCAAGAAAUGCUAGACGUCGAUAUCAGAUGCGAGAUUGAAAAUGUUAUCGAAGGACAAAACGAUAUUCAUGGAGAUUACAGUUUCAGUAUCACGGAUUUACCUCAAAUGGAAUUGGACGAUAAUCCUGUACUGCUUAACGAUCUUCAUAAAACAUUAAAUUCUUCUAAUUUGUUCAAUGGUAACAGCAACAGUAAUAGUUCGAACAGCAGUAAUUUCCAUCUGGAUUUAAGCAACGAUGUUACAUCAAUCAUGGUUAAUCCCAAUUCUGUAAUGCCACACAUGGCCACCCACAAUUCAAUGUCGAACAUGAACAAACGACAUUUUUCCUUUACAUCCAAGAUGGAAGUCAAAGAGGAAAAGAUAGACGUUGAAAAUGAGUUGGACAAUGAUGAAGAUGUCGAGAAUGAAAAUGACAACGAUAAUGAGAUAGAUGAAAAUGAAAACGAUAACGAAAACGAUGACAAUGACAAUGACAAUGACAAUGAUAAUGAUAAUGACAAUGACAAUGACAAUGAUAUUGAUCAGGAUAAUGAAAAUGAUCAAGAGAAUUAUAACGAGGUUGAUACGGAAAUUGAACAAUAUGAAAAUGAUAUUACGGAAACUGAGGAUGAAACGGAGGACGAGCAAGAAGUUGUAAGACCGGUUGCGUUGUUUAGAGCUAAACCACCUCAUACAAUAUCGAUAAAUACUGCCAUUAAAACAAUAACGCCUCAUAUUACGAAGGCCCAUUUAUCAUCUAAAAUUAAUGGAUUACCCGGUAUACGGGUACAAAAUUUUAAAGUAUUACAAAACAGUCAAUCGAGUCAACAACAACAACAACAUCAACAACAAUCUCAACACGUUCGAAAACAAAUGUAUAAUAACAAUUAUCACGUUAAUAAUUCUUCAUCGUCAGCUGCUGCAGCUGCUGCUGCCGCAGCCGCCGCUGCAAUUUCGAUUAGAAAAGAAUUUGAUUUGUCCGAUUUUGAGGAUAAACUUUAUCCUAAACCGGCGUAUUCUUAUUCUUGUUUGAUUGCCAUGGCCUUGAAAAAUAGUCAAACUGGUUCACUUCCAGUAUCAGAAAUCUACAAUUUCAUGUGCGAACACUUUCCAUAUUUUAAAACAGCACCAAAUGGUUGGAAAAAUUCCGUUAGGCAUAAUUUAUCAUUGAACAAAUGUUUUGAGAAGAUUGAAAAACCAGCUGGCAAUGGAAAUCAAAGAAAGGGAUGCUUGUGGGCAAUUAAUCCAGCGAAAAUAGCGAAAAUGGAUGAAGAAGUACAGAAAUGGUCGAGGAAGGAUCCAUUAGCGAUUAAAAAAGCAAUGAUAUGUCCGGAUCAUUUGGAAUUAUUGGAAAGAGGUGAAAUGAAGUAUGCUGGGAGUGGUGAAUUGUCGGAAGAAAAUGAAAGUUCAAGUGAUGAGACAACUGAGGAAAGUGCUGUAUACGAUGAAUCAUCUAUUCACAAUCAUCAUAUUGCUGCUGCUAAUUCGGUUACUGACAGUUAUGACGAAAGUAGUCAAGAUUGUGAUAUUGACAUAAAAGAACAUAUUUACGAUGAAAUCGACGUUGACGAUAAGGAGGCACUGCAUAUGCAAUUAAACAUCACUAAACAAGAAACAAUUGGUUAUGAAUUAAGUCCUUGUAAAAAACGUAAAGCCCUUACAGGUUCUAUACAAGGAAAUUACGUUUAUCAACCUGUAACAACGUCACGAAGAAAAACGCCAUUACUUUGCAGAACGGAGACCACGGCUGAACCUCUUCUUAAAAUUGAGUAAUAAUUUAAAAGAACAGAAAACAAAAGAAAACAAAUUUGACAAAAACAAAACACAAUGAAAAAUCGAGUAAUGGAUCUUUACAUGAGUAUUAAGAAAAGAAAAAAAAUCAUCAUAUCUCCCUUUUUUUUUUUUUUUUUUUUU